AUGUCAGAACCUGAGGGAUUUAAAAAAGUUAGUGAAGAUGUACAUAAAUCAAACGAGCUAAUAAACUCAAACCCAUAUGGGCCUAAUCCUGGGGAUUUUUUAUCGAAUGUAUCCAAUUUUCAAAUCAUUGAAAGCACUUUGAGGGAAGGAGAGCAAUUUGCCAAUGCAUUCUUCAGUACUGAGAAAAAAAUCGAAAUCGCAAAGGCACUUGACGAUUUUGGCGCCGAUUAUAUUGAAUUGACCUCUCCAGUUGCAUCUGAACAGAGCAGAAGGGAUUGCGAGGCAAUUUGUAAAUUAGGUUUGAAGUCUAAGAUCUUGACUCAUAUCAGAUGUCAUAUGGAUGAUGCGAAGGUCGCUGUAGAAACUGGUGUUGAUGGAGUGGACGUAGUCAUCGGAACGUCUCUGUUUUUAAGACAGUAUUCUCAUGGCAAAGACAUGAGUUAUAUUGCCCAAUCAGCGAUUGAAGUGAUUGAGUACGUCAAAUCGAAGGGGAUAGAAAUUAGGUUCUCUUCGGAAGAUUCUUUCAGGUCGGAUCUAGUUGACCUUUUGAACAUUUACAGAACUGUUGAUAAGAUUGGCGUCAACAGAGUUGGUAUUGCAGAUACUGUGGGAGGAGCUAACCCAAGACAGGUUUAUGAGCUCGUAAGAACUUUGAAAUCAGUUGUGAACUGUGACAUUGAAUGUCACUUUCACAAUGACACCGGUUGUGCAAUUGCAAACGCUUAUACUGCUUUAGAAGGCGGUGCUCGCUUAAUCGACGUUUCUGUAUUGGGUAUCGGAGAACGUAAUGGGAUUACACCACUAGGAGGCUUGAUGGCACGUAUGAUAGCUGCUGAUCGCGAUUACGUCUUAUCAAAAUAUAAGCUUCAUAAAAUAAGAGAUUUGGAGAAUUUAGUUGCUGAAGCCGUACAAGUAAACAUUCCUUUCAACAACCCGAUUACUGGCUUUUGCGCAUUUACCCAUAAGGCUGGUAUUCAUGCUAAAGCUAUCUUGGCAAAUCCUUCGACUUAUGAAAUUUUAAAACCUUCAGAUUUUGGAUUGACUAGAUAUAUACACUUUGCUAACAGGUUGACUGGCUGGAAUGCAAUCAAAUCCAGAGUAGAUCAAUUGAAUUUGCACUUCACAGACGAACAAUGCAAGGAUAUCACCAAUAAGAUCAAGAAAUUAGGAGAUGUUCGACAACUCACCAUAGAUGAUGUUGACUCUAUCAUAAAAGAUUUCCACGAAGAAAUAUCUACUCCUAAGAUUCAAGCAUCUGAAAAACCUGCUACUCCAGACAACUUCGAAAACCUAAACGGAUCUUCUCCAAAGAAGCAGAAAAGAUGA